CCUUCUGUCUUCAUUUUGUUGUUUUCCUGGGAUGUCCAACAUCUAAGAAACAAACACGCCGUGCCUGGUUUUAUUAUGCUGACAUACUCAGAAGAACGAUGGCUGCAGGAGGGGGGAACCCCGUGCUUGGCACAACCCCGCCGGGCACGCACCGCUCAGCCUUCGGGAGGCACGGGCCCGGCACGGCACCGAGCGCUUCUGCCGCUCCUGAAAUGGGAAAGCUCGUCUCUUCUUCCUGCCCUCAGCACGUCCAUACCCACGUGCCUCUCCCCACCCGCGCACCGCUUCCAGCGUCGCGUCCCUUUCCCGUUGCCGGCCCUACUGCCGCUCGGUGCCGCCUCUGCGGGCUUUCCGGCGGGGCGGGGCGGGGCGGGCGGAAGUGGCAGCGGCGGCGGGCGGAAGUGGGGGGGAGGUGGAUGUGCGCGUGGGUCUGGCGGUGCCGCAGCCAUGGCGGAGCGCGUCGAGCAGCGGCUGGAGGACCGCGUGCCGGAGCUGGAGCAGCUGGAGCGGGUCGGCCUCUUCACGCACGAGGAGAUCAGGGCUGUCCUGAAGAAGGCCACGGCUCUGGAGUACAAAAUACAGCGGAGAGCCCUUCGGAAGGAGGAUUUUAUCAAUUAUAUUCAGUAUGAAAUUAAUCUGCUGGAACUGAUCAAGAAAAGAAGAGCGCGCACCGGGUACUCAUUUAAGAAGGAGGAAAUUGAAAGCUCUAUUAUGCAUAGGGUCCACAGCCUCUUCAAACGUGCCACUGGAAAAUGGAAAGAAGAUGUCCAGCUUUGGCUGUCACAUGUUGCAUUUUGCAAGCAGUGGAAUGCAAAACAUCAGCUUAGUAAGGUGUUUUCUACCAUGUUGGCCAUUCAUCCCAAUAAACCAGCACUGUGGAUUAUGGCAGCAAAGUGGGAAAUGGAAACACGCCUCUCCUCAGAAAGUGCUAGGCACUUGUUCCUGCGUGCUUUGCGCUUCCAUCCAGAGUGUCCAAAACUUUACCAAGAGUAUUUCAGAAUGGAACUGAUGAAUGCAGAAAAACAGAGAAAGGAAAAGAAAGAACUUGAACGAGCAAAGAUGAACUUGGAGGAAUUCAAUUAUUCUGAGAAGAUUCUUAAUGGGGAAAUGGCUCACAUAAUCUACAGGGAUGCUGUUCAGAAAAUUAAAGGUGUUGAGUUCCGUCUGGCUCUGCUUUCUAUUGCAAAGCUUUUUGAUUUUACACAUGAUUUGCAAAAAGAAAUUCUUGAAAGUUUGCAGGCUGAAUAUGCUGAUAAUCCUCUGAUGUGGGACUACAUGGCCCGUCGAGAGCUGGAGCUGGGAUCCUUGAAGUCCACAGAACCCACCACAAAGCAGAUGAAAGUGUCUGAAAUGACCCAGAGAGAGGAACGUUGCUGUGCAGUCUUUGAAGAGGCUGUGACAGCAGUCCCCACAGAGGACAUGUGGAAAUGCUACGUCACUUUCUGCUUAGAGAGAUGUAAGAGGAAAACCAACAGUGAAGAAUUAAAGCAAAAGAGGCUGGAGAGGACACUGAGUGUAUUCAGCAAAGCCCAUGAGUCCAGUUUGCUGCCAGAAGCUCUCUAUAAGCAGUGGCUUCAACUGUUAUUGGAGUCCAGCCUUUCUCAGAAGGCUGCAGAGGUGGCAGAAGCUGCAACUAAGUGUUUCAGCCUGUCAGUAGAAAUGUGGCAGAUGAGGCUGCAGGUGCUGAUCCAGUUGAAGAGUGACAACGUGACCCAGUGUUUUGAAGAAGCCUUUAAGCAUGUGAAAUCUAAGGGCACUUUACCGUUAUGGACCCUCUGGGUGGAAUGGAGUGAAGUCGCAAAUAGCAAGGAAGACACAGAAGCUCUCUACCAGAGGUCCUUACAUGCCAUAGCUCCUGCUGAAUCUGUGACUAUGAAAGAAAAGUAUCUUGACUGGGCUUAUAGGAAUGGUGGUUAUAAGAAAGUAAGAAGAGUCUUUACCAGCCUGCAUGAAAGUCGUCCGCUUUCGCUUGACUUCUUCAGGAAGAUGAUUGAGAUAGAAAAGGAGCAAGAAUCGUGCAAAAUGCUUCAUCUGAGAGAAUACUAUGAACGUGCUUUGAGAGAGUUUGGUUCAGCGGAUUCUGAUCUCUGGCUGGAAUAUAUCAAGGAGGAGCUAAGUCAUCCCCAGGGCAAACCAGAAAACUCUGGGAGUAUUCACUGGCGAGCUAUGAAGAUGUUACAGGGAGAUCAGGUGGAAGACUUCAUUUCCAAAUACACUUUAUUGCAAACUGGACACUUAUGAAAAACUAAAAAUAAUUACAGCACAACAUUGUGGAUUUAAAAAAAAAAAAACUUGUGUAGAAAGGUAAAUAUGUUCUUUGUCAUAUUAAAGUGCACUUUCUUUACUGCACGUGUGAAAAGAAUUCUGUCCCAGCACAGCUGUUACUGGUGUUUCUCUGUCAGUGUCAGGUUCGUGUGCACAGCUGCAGAUGGCAGAGGCUGGAGGAAAGCUCAGAGAUGCCUGUACAUUGAGAUGGAAGUUGCAAUGUAUCAGCUUUUUACACUGGCAAGCUAAUACUGCAGCACACAUAUACAAAAAACCAACAAAAUAAACCAUUGUACCCUGGGGGGGAGUUUUUAACGUCAAGUUCAGUAAGGAAAAAAUGGAACACUGGAUAAACAAUCUGUAAAAUGAUGGUAUUUAUUUGUUUCUUAACCUUGAAGUCAUCUAUCAUCCUCUUUACAAAAGCCAAACAACUUCUACAACCACUUUGUUUCCUCCUCAGUAAUUCUGAGUGACUGCAUGGUGCAGACGAGCAGAGCUCUGUCACAGAUGUUCCUGCUGUGACAGGUAAGCUCUGAUCUGUGCUUCAACCUUUUGAUGGAUCCCUGCUCUCAGAGCACCUGCAGCUCCAUCCCACCUGCAUGCAUGCGCUUUUGCUGUGCUCUGCCUUGCUGCUUUCUUCCACCGUGUGUCCUGAAGCUGCAGGGUUAGCGGCCGAUUGCACAGAACCCCAGAGAGCAGGGGCAGGUCUCGAUACUUUUUACAGCUGUGUGCAUCCUCUUCACACUGAUUUGUCUGCUUGUUUCUGCUUUUUUUUUCUUCUUUUUUUCCCUCUCUCGCCUGAAGUUUUCCAGUAGCAGUGGAAGAAGCUACGUAUCAUGCAUUCAAAGGAAGUUAACAGUGAGCGCGGUGUCUAUGCGCGGAUAAGGCACGUAACCGGUUGCUUCACGUGGCAGCCGCACAGCGUGGUUUACAGCCGCCGCUCCGUGCGCGUCCGGCGCUCCGUGGCAGCCGCCGAUCCGCCUUCAUCAGCGGGCGCAGCUGCGAGGGGCCGAGCGGGGCGGGC